UAGGCGAAGUAUGUUUGGUAGUAGUUUUAUUAGUUCGUGUAGUUAGCCAAAUAUUAUCAUGCGCCUUUCCAUUUUAACGAAAUUUUGAUUUGAAGAAAAUUUGCAGUGUGAAGAAAAGUAGCAGUCGCAGACGUCUGUGAAAUGUACAUUGGUUUGUUUUGGGAAAAAGUUUUUUUUUUGUUUCCUGUUUCGGUGCAAUGCAAAUUCCAAGAUGACUGAUUUGAGAAUUUGGGUUGUGUUCUUUCCUGCAUGUGGGCUGGACUGGGUGGAGUCAUCCCUGAGUCUGUUCUUGCCACGCAGUCACUCGCGUGUCAUACUCGAACGUUCGCUCUGAAACAAUGGGGUUUGCUGUCCGUUUAUUUUUAUGUUUACAUGUGUGCAGCUUCUUCGUAGAUUUUACGGUCGCUAACGAAACAAAGGACGAAGUUAAAAUUGAGGUUAUAUUUAAGCCCGAGAACUGCGCAAAGAAGAGUAAAAGGGGAGAUUUAAUGAAUGCUCAUUAUGAUGGAUUCCUUGCAAAAAAUGGCUCACAAUUCUACUGCAGUCGUUCAGAAAAGGAUGGACACCCGAAGUGGUUUGUUUUAGGUGUUGGUCAAGUGAUGAAAGGUCUAGACAUUGGAAUGGAUGGCAUGUGUCCUGGUGAGAAAAGAAAAUUAAUAAUCCCUCCCUCAUUAGGAUAUGGACAACAAGGCAAUGAAAAAGUUCCUCCUAAUUCAACACUGAUCUUUGAGAUUGAGCUAUACUCUGUAUCUAGAGGACCACGCAGCAUGGAGGCCUUCAGGGAAAUGGAUUUGGAUAAGGACAGAUCCCUUUCAAAAACUGAGGUGAAGAAGUCUCUGAUGAUUGAGUAUGAGAAAGGUGGUACUCGGCGUGAUGACUCAUUUUAUGAUGCCAUUAUUGCUGACAUAUUCCACAAGAGUGACCACAAUGGGGAUGGAAUGAUAUCCGCAAAGGAGUACAAUAUUUAUGACCACGAUGAGCUCUAGCAGCCACCAGUAACACUGCUUCACCUGAUGCUGUGUUUUUUAAUAUGAACAAUUCACACAUGGAUGAAUACUUUGAUGUGAAUAUUUCGCAUGACAGAUAGUUUUGUCAAAUAAAUACCACUACAACAAAC